GCAACUGCAACGCGUUGCGUGCUGCAAAUCAACUCUACCUAUAUAUACCUAUAUAUAUAUAUAUAUCUGUUCGAAAGAUUUUUAGAUCAUUCAUAUGCGUUUCCAAAAAAAAAGAAAAAAAAGAAGAAAAAAAAAUUGAAAUAAUUUAAACAAUUAAAUUAAAUGUACGAUUAUUCUUUGUAAAUAAUAAUUCGCGAUUAGUUGUAAUUUUAAAACGUUUACAAGAUUUAUUCUAACGUUUGUUAAAAUAUUCUCAUAUAUUCAUCGAAGUGUCCAUUUGGUGGUGUUUUUUAUUUAAACAAUAAUUCGAACGAUGUAAUUUCGUUUGAUUGAAAUAAUUUCAAGAAAGUUUGAAGAAGAUACAAGUGUUUGUGACCACGUUGAAAAUUCUAAUUAAUAAUAAAAGGGGAGUAUGGUGGAUGUUACGACGGCAUUGCCAUCGUCGGCAGGGGGCUCGUUAAUUGGUCGAACACGAGGAGCCUUGAGAACUGUCAGAUCGGCUUUAGGUGGUAGCGGAGAAUAUCUUCAAGGUUUAGGAAAUAGAAUAGGAUCAGCUUUGAGUAAUAGUUUAGAAGAAAAUGAAUUGACUACACCGUCCUCGACUCCUUCGUCACCCCCACCUCAAGGUCAUACGCCAGUUAAAGAAGUGGAUCACUUGGCACGAAGAAAGUUGAGACUUCCAAGAUUCGGUGCAGGUUUAUCGUACGAGGAUUACGAAGCAAUGGCUAGGCAUAAAUUGGAACGACAAGGUAGUGCCAGUAUGUCGAGAAUUUCGAGGAAGUAUCCAAGGGGAAUGACGUACGAGGAGAUAGCAUCGUCUAGAUCUAGUUCGCACAAGAGACAGGAAGCGAAAUCUAACGAGUACGAGGACAACAGUCCUGAUAGGGAUAGUCAAGAGAGUAUAGAACCACUCCAGGAAAAGGAUAUUAAAGCUACCGGACCUGAUCCUUACGAAAAAUUAAAUUACAAAGCAGCAAGGGCCCCGACUCGCUAUCAGACGGUCAUUUUUCGGUUAGAUAUGCCUUGUAGCAGUGAUUCGACCAGCGAUCAAGAUGGUUAUGGUCCCAGUACCAGCUUAGAUUCAAACAUGGAUGGACGAAGAUUUUGGCAAAGAUCAGGUUCUUCCGGUUCAGUUCAAUCCUGGGCAUCCAGUUUAUCGGCUGACAGCCAAUCGGAAGAGGCAGCUGCUGAUUUUAUGAAGUCUUUCGUCCCGAUGCUUUUUGAAGCUCCAAAUAAUAUUGAUCAAGAACAAAAAGCUAAUUUUGGUCAGAUGGUUCUUACAGAAUCUGGUAGGAUAUGGUUUUCCAGAGUGGUUAAUGCGAGAAGAGCACGUGCCUGUGUCUCAGAGGAUUCUUUUUAUUCUCUAGCUCAACAUUUUGCAGUAGCACUUUUCGAAUGUCACGAAGCCGAUGACUUUGCACCGGCUAAAAGUCUUAUGAACAUGUGUUUUACUUUUUAUCACGAGGUCGAGGUACCAGGUUUGGAACCCUAUCGAGAAUAUCUUUACACACAUUUACGAGUACAACCAAUCUGGUCGUCAAUGAGAUUUUGGACAGCUGCAUUUUUCGAUGCUGUGCAAUGUGAAAGAGCAUCAAGGCCAGUACCACCUAGACCUAAAUCUUUGGAUCAGGAAGCAAUAGCUGCAGAAGACAGAAGAUUUCAAGCUAAUAUAGUCUUUGGACAAUUAGGCACUUUUACUUGUAACAUGCACGCCUUUGGUCUAUCACGUGCCCUUUGCUUGGAGUUUCUCAGAAAACAAUGCAUCAUUGCUAAUUUAACAAAAGAUCAAGAAAAAAUGUUACGUGAUAAUAUUGAAAGGAUGUAUAACGAGACAGAACCUUGGCGGUAGUUUUGUUUCUUGGAAAAAAAAAAAGAAAACGUUUUAUCAAUUUUAAUUUAUCAAAUAAUUAAUUUAAAUUAAUGAAAAAAGAGUAAAGAGUGUAUAAAAAGGAAUGAAAGGUAUGAAAUAUUGAAUGCAAAUCGCGAUAUCGUCAAUUAAAAUGAAAAAAUUAAUCUAUAAGAAAGGGAAGCAAGAGUUAAUAUCUUGAUAUCGAAUACAGUGAUAGAAAUUGUCAAUUGUUCGUGUGCAUAAUGAUUAAAAAUAUACGGUUGUGAUUUCGUCAAAGUAUUCGAGAUUAAUAUUAAUGUAUUAUAACGAUGAUUAAAGAAAUGAAACGUGUGUUCCUAAAUUAAUGGUAGGAUAAGUGCGAUUACGUUAAUAUUCAAAAUGAAAUUAGAGAUGAAAUAUUGAAUUCUUUUUCCCCAUUUUAAAACAGUAAUGCAAUUUAUUAUAAUAAUGCACAAAUGAUAUUUUUAUCUCAACUACGGCUUCAACCAUUGAUACACGUAUUAAUGAUAAUUAAAUGCAUUUGAAAUACCAUUUAGCAUUUUUUUCCGAACGGCAUAAAUGCACUAAUAUUCUAGUGUAGUGUCAGGCUUAAUAAAA